AUGAAUCUGACGAAGCUCGGACCGGAACCAGGACAACCUGAACCCAAACCUCAGGAGAGGGAACAGUGGGCCAGUAAGGUGGAGUUCAUCCUGGCAGUGGCCGGACACGUUAUUGGUUUGGGAAACGUCUGGAGGUUUCCAUAUCUUUGCUACAAAAACGGAGGAGGAGCUUUCUUCAUUCCUUAUAUUGUGUUCUUGUUCACCUGUGGAAUACCGCUCUUCUUCCUGGAGACGUCUUUGGGCCAAUUCACCAGUCACGGUGGAAUCACGUGUUGGAGAAAAAUCUGCCCUCUGUUUGAAGGUUUAGGCUAUGGGAGCCAAAUCGUUGCCUUGUACACUGGGGUGUAUUACAUCAUUAUACUGGCAUGGGCGUUUCUCUACCUGUUUUCCUCUUUCAAGUCGGAGCUCCCAUGGGCCAGCUGCAGCAACAGCUGGAACACAGCUUGGUGUUUGGACCACGGCCCCAAUCAAACCUCCUCUCUGCUCCUGUACGGAAAUAGCACCUCUUCAGUUGUGGAGUUUUGGGAGCGGAGAAUCUUGGGCCUGUCCAGUGGAAUUGAGCAUAUUGGAAAUAUUCGUUGGGACUUGGCCCUUUGUCUUCUUCUUGCCUGGACAUUGUGUUACUUCUGCGUCUGGAAUGGAGUGAAGUCCACAGGAAAGGUGGUCUACUUCACUGCCACAUUUCCGUAUGUGAUGCUGGUGGUGUUGCUUGUCCGUGGGCUGACACUACCGGGGGCGAAAGACGGGAUUACGUACUACCUCUACCCUGACCUGUCCCGCCUCACUGAUCCAGAGGUGUGGAUGGAUGCUGGCAGCCAGGUCUUCUACUCCUUUGGAGUUUGCACAGGGGUUCUGACAUCUUUGGGAAGUUACAACAAGUACAACAACAACUGCUACAAAGACUGUGUCUACCUGUGCCUGUUGAACAGCCUCACCAGCUUUGUAGCUGGCGUCGCCAUCUUUUCUGUGCUCGGCUUCAUGGCAAAGGAGCAGAAUGUGGAUAUAUCGAUGGUGGCUGAAUCAGGUCCAGGUUUGGCUUUUAUCGCCUACCCUCGAGCUGUGGCUCUCAUGCCAUUUCCUCAGCUCUGGGCUGUUGCCUUCUUCAUCAUGAUCAUCUUCCUGGGAUUAGACAGCGAGUUUGUUUAUCAAGAAGCUCUGGUCACGACCAUCGCCGACAUGUAUCCCUCAGUCUUUCACAACCGCUGUCGACGUAAACUCCUUCUUCUCGCCAUCAAUGCUGGAAGUUUCUUUAUUGGUCUUCUGAUGGUAACAGAGGGAGGCCUUUAUAUUUUCCAGCUGUUUGACCACUAUGCCGCCAGUGGGAUGACGCUCCUGUUUUUUGCUGUUCUAGAAUCUGUCUGUAUUGGAUGGGUCUAUGGUGCUGAUCGUCACUAUGAUAACAUCAAGGACAUGAUUGGAUAUCAACCCUGGCCUUUUAUGAAAUAUUGUUGGCAGUACUUCACAGCAGCCAUCUGUACUUGUACAUUACUCUUCACUGUGAUAAGGUACACUCCACUCAAAUUCAACAACACGUAUGAAUACCCCUGGUGGGGCUACACCAUUGGAGGAUUUCUUGCUCUGUCGUCAACACUUAUGGUUCCUCUGUGGAUGCUGUAUGCUGUCAGUGUCACUCCUGGAACAGUGAGACAGCGACUUAAAGUUCUGUGCACUCCAGCCAAAGACUUACCCAGCACAGCAUUAAAGAAAGAAUCACAUCCUGAGUCCUUCCAGACGUUCACAGACUUGUGUACACUCCGCAAGACAGACAACCCUGACAACAGAGAGGACGGCGCUCAGAGAACAUCUGCAAUUUAAAAAGCGAGAGGAGGGAAAAAAGGAUUAUGAAAAAAAGAACGAUUUCCAGUUGGCAGCACGUUUCAGACACUGAGUUAGGUUACAGAAGCUACUGGAAAUCCCACUGUGCAGAUUACUGCACUGUUUCCCUAUUUGACUUUGAAAACAUUCACACUGUGUGUGAUUUUCUUUCUGUGUUUGACUUGUUUUUCACUCCUGUGAUCGUCUGCCCUGCACUGACCAUUAGGUCUGUUUUUAGUGAUUAUUUUUUUGGUAUGUUUUUCAGUUUCCUUUGUCAGUUUGUUUGUUCAUUUUACCUCAGUUCACCUCGUUUUGUUGAGUUCAGUUUCAGUCAAACCUGCCCAUGGCCUUGUCUGAUUUCUGCAAUUUAGAUGCAAACCACAACACUGGGAGCUGUUGUUGUGAGGACGCCUCAAUGAUGAGAAGCCGAUUGAAAAUCAAUGCCUUUUAAUUUGCUUCUGAAAACUAUAUUUAUCAAAUGUUAAACUCAUUCUCCUGUAUUAGCUUUAGGUUAACUCACAUUUGUUUAGCUUCCUGAUGUUUUUAUAGAUCAGUUUUUAGUUUUUUCUUUUUGAGUGGAGAGCCUCACACGAUUGAAUUAAAGAGAUUCUGAGCCAACGCUUCUCCACAGAAGUGAGCAGUACUGCUACGUUCAAACGGACAGUGAGACAUCUCCUGGCUGAACUGACACAUGGCACACAGAUACAGGAAAGAGAUGAGGCUGCUUACUUUUGGUGUUGUUUUGAAAUCUUGCUCACAAACAAAACAAGCUUAAAAUUUAAAAUGUAUUUGUGCCUUCAACGACUUGAUC